AUGAAAGCUUUGAGAGCGUUCAGAGUCCUCAGACCUCUCAGACUGGUUUCUGGAGUCCCCAGCCUGCAGGUGGUGAUGAACUCCAUCCUGAAGUCCAUGCUCCCUCUCUUCCACAUCACCCUGCUCGUCCUCUUCAUGGUCACCAUCUACUCCAUCAUGGGCCUAGAGCUCUUCAAGUGUAAGAUGCACAAGACCUGCUACUACACCGGCACAGGUAUUAUAGCCACAGUAGAAAAUGAGAAGCCCUCUCCGUGCGCUCAGGCAGGAAAUGGUCGUCGGUGUUCGAUAAACGGUACGGAGUGCCGAGCUGGUUGGCCCGGUCCGAACCAUGGGAUCACACACUUUGAUAACCUGGGUUUCUCCAUGCUGACCGUGUACCAGUGCAUCACCACGCAGGGUUGGACCGACGUUCUGUACUGGGUGAACGAUGCCAUCGGGAUGGAAUGGCCCUGGAUCUUUUUUACCACACUCAUCCUUGUGGGAUCAUUCUUCGUCCUAAACCUGGUUCUGGGAGUGCUCAGUGGAGAGUUCACGAAGGAGCGUGAGAAGGCGAAGUCUCGAGGAGAGUUUCAGAAGCUGAGGGAGACUCAGCAGCUGGAUGAAGAUCUGAAGGGUUACAUGGAGUGGAUCACUCAGGCUGAAGUGAUGGACAACGACCAGGAGGGGCAGGGUCUGCUGGACACAGAAAAUGGCGGCUCAGAGACAGGAAGUGUCAGUAAGAUGGACACCAUGCAGCUCAUCGUUUAUUACUAUAAACUCGCUCGUAAGUGGAACCGCUGGCUUCGCCGGCGAUGUCUUGUUUACGUGAAGUCGAGACUUUUCUAUUGGUGGGUCAUCAUGCUCGUCUUCUUCAACACGCUCGCCAUUGCCACCGAACACCACCAACAGUCUGAACGACUCACCAACUGGCAAGAUAAUGCUAACAAGCUGCUGCUGUCCAUGUUUGCUCUGGAGAUGAUGAUGAAGAUGUACGCUCUGGGUCUGCCCUCGUAUUUCAUGUCUCUGUUUAACCGCUUCGACUGCUUCGUGGUGUCGACAGGAAUCAUGGAGCUCGUCCUUGUGCACAUGGGCAUCAUGUCAGUGAUGGGGAUCUCUGUGCUACGCUGCAUCCGCCUGCUGCGCCUGCUCAAAGUCACACGUUACUGGACCUCUCUCAGUAAUCUCGUGGCGUCCCUCCUGAAUUCGGUUCGCUCCAUCGCCUGCCUGCUGCUGCUCCUCUUCCUCUUUAUUGUCAUCUUCUCUCUGCUCGGCAUGCAGGUGUUUGGAGGAAAGUUCAACUUUCCCAACAAGCUGAAACCUCGCAGCUCUUUCGACAGCUUCCCUCAGGCCCUCAUCACUGUCUUCCAGAUCCUGACAGGUGAGGACUGGAACGCUGUCAUGUAUGAUGGCAUCAUGGCUCAUGGAGGACCGAGCAUGCCCGGCAUCCUUGUCAGCAUUUACUUCAUCAUUCUUUUCGUCUGCGGAAACUUCAUCCUGCUGAACGUAUUCUUGGCGAUUGCUGUGGAUAAUCUGGCUGAAGCUGAGUCACUGACUUUGGCUCAGAAAGAAAAA